AGAAGGUGAAAAAGUAAAAGAAGCAGCGAAUUGAGUGCUUCCGUCCUUCUCCUGCCGUUUCCGGAAUUAGCUCCGGUGAUAAUGUGAUCGGAAACAUCGCCCUCACCUUUACAAACCCCACAAGCCAUAAAGUAUUCAUCUUCAACCUCAAGCUGUCACAUUUGGAUAAUCAUUAGUUACACUGUUUUCUUUCCCACCAAAUUUUGGUUUCAAUGCACCAAAAACCAAAACUCAAGGAACAAGAUGGGUUUUUUAUUUGUCUUUUUUUUUUCAGAUAGUGGAUUUAGUUAAUGAUUCUCACGUCCCACAUUCUAUAUACCCUUUUCCUUCAAUCCAACUCCAUCGUUCCUAAUUUCCCAAUUGUUCCAACAAAACACAAUCCUGCUAAAUAAUUUUGUUUUCUUGAAACAGAAAGGGGACAGAUUAGUUCUUUUUUUAAUUCUAAGGAAACUUUGUUUUCAUUGCUAGCCAUGACCGAGGUCCUCCAUUUCCCUUCAUCUCCAAGCACGGGCACUUCAUCUCCUUCUUCCCCUUCUCCACCACCCAUUUCCUGCGCACCCCAGAAUUCUUUAUCCUGCGGAACUGAGGAUGGAGACGAUGAUUUCAGCGUGAGGGUCGGUGAUCCGGAAGAGGAGGUGAAGGAGAGAGAGAAGCAGAGCAGAGAUCAGUUGUCUUUGUUGGCUUUGCUCGUGACCGUUUUUAGAAAAUCUUUGGCUGCCUGCAAGAGUGACCGGAGGGAGCUUUGUGCCAUGGAGAUCGGUUGGCCAACCAAUGUGAGGCAUGUGGUCCAUGUCACCUUUGACAGGUUUAAUGGGUUCUUGGGGUUGCCUGUGGAGUUCGAGCCUGAAGUGUCCAGGAGGGCUCCCAGUGCCAGUACCACCGUUUUUGGAGUUUCCACAGAAUCCAUGCAGUUGUCAUAUGACUCCAGAGGGAACAGUGUGCCAACAAUACUCUUACUUAUGCAAAGGCGCUUAUAUGCUCAAGGAGGCUUGCAGGCUGAAGGGAUAUUUAGAAUUAAUGCAGAAAACAGUCAGGAGGAGUAUGUUAGAGACCAAUUAAAUAGUGGUGUGGUGCCAGAAGGGAUUGAUGUACAUUGUUUGGCAGGCCUAAUUAAGGCUUGGUUCAGAGAACUUCCAACUGGAGUUCUGGAUUCUUUAUCCCCUGAGCAGGUAAUGCAAUGCCAAACGGAUGAGCAGUGUGCCGAGCUUGUAAGGCAUCUACCCCCAACCGAAGCUGCUUUAUUGGAUUGGACCAUUAAUCUCAUGGCAGAUGUUGUGGAACACGAACAUCUGAACAAAAUGAAUGCACGUAACAUUGCUAUGGUUUUUGCUCCAAACAUGACUCAGAUGGCAGAUCCUUUGACUGCAUUGAUGUAUGCAGUCCAAGUGAUGAACUUUCUCAAGAUGCUUAUCUUAAGGACUCUUCGGGAACGAGAGGAUUCAGUGGUGGAGCCAACCUUGGCAUCUCGUCUGGAGCCUUCUGAUGAGAAUGAAGAUCAUAGCCAUUCACAAUCCUUCCUUCAAGAUGCUGAAAAGGAUAAUGAAGGGAAAGAUGAAGCUUUUAUUGUUGAAGAACCUGUCAAAGAAAGUUCCUUGGAUCAAAAUAAUGAGACAAGUUAUGGAGAAUAUGAAAGACUGGUGCCUUCUGUUCUGAAGCUAAUAGCAGAUGCAGAUCUUUCCUCUGUGAUGUCGGCUCAAGUUGCCAGCAUAAGUGCAACAGAUACCAAAGCUGGUACACAAGCCAAAGCUGGGAAGAGCAAAAUUGGUCAAUCAAGUAAUUCAAGUCUUAAAAGGGGGCCUAGAAAAACUAACCGGCUGCAUUCUGCACUUCAGAUGAUAACUUCUGUUGAGAAGACCAAGGACCUAAGCAAUCUGAGCCGUAUAGAUUCAGGGAUACAGCGUAUUGAAGCUUGGCGGUAAAAGAUGCACAACAUGUGCGGGUCCUAACUGACUCAUUAACAAAAUUCCUCUGUAAGUCUGUUUGGUCUGGAAGUUGUGACCUGAAAUUUGAUGCACAUUUUCUGUAUCUUUCACCGUGUGCUGAGUGCUUUGCUUAACCUUUAACCUUCUCCAACGCCAUGUAUGAAACUCAGAUAGCCAGACACUAACAUUUCUGCUUUCAUAAAGUGCUACUGCUUUAACAUUGUAAUUAUAUUGAUCUAAACUACUGUCAAUGAAGCUUUUUCCAUUAA